GCUUGGAAACGGAGUUCUAAAGAACUGCUGCCAUAAAACUUCUGUGUUUGUGUACAGUUUUACCUAAGAAUUUUAUACUAAAAGGAAUUAAUUGAUUUCUCCUUCUUACAUCAAAGACAUUUGCAAUUUCAGGCUGAGGAGAAUUUAUAACACAGUUCCUAUGAUCAGUAUUCAUCACUUAAGAUUGUGGCAGGUCAGACUGCACUAACCUGUUUGGGUAAAGGAUCAUGGAUUGAAAGAGAUGAUUCCUUUAACUAUUUAGAUUUCCUAUGAAUAAGGAAUGGAAACCACUCAGGUGUGUAAACUGGAUGAUGGAGAAAGAUUCCCCACAUAUUGCUUUCCAGUCAGACCUUUAUUUCAGCAGAAGACAGAAGGUGCAGGUCACUGGCUUGUUGCACAAAGGUCAACUCAGCUACAAAAGUAUAAAGCAGCACUGUGUGUAAAAGGAGGCAUAUACUAUGGUACAGAAGAAAGACCACAAGUUAAAUUUCAUCAACGCAGCGUAACCCCUGUUGAAGUUAAUGUAUUAAAUGGCAACUUUUUGAUGAAACUUCACUGUAUUGAAGACCCUUCUGAUCUGUGCUCAGUUAACAUUAGUGACAAGAAUCUAAAUGUGACUGAAGAAGAAGAGUUUGGUGUAUUCAACAAUAUUGCUUAUAUUAAUGCAAUUGGAAACAAUUUGAAUUUGGCACCUUUCCGAAAGUUUCCAAACUUAAGGGAGCUGGAACUCUGUGCAAAUAAUAUUCAGAACUGCAUUGUUAACAUUGGAGAUUUUACACAUCUAGAGGUGCUUGACCUUUCUUACAAUUACUUAUCCAGUGAUGCUGUCUUGGCUCUGGGGCUUCUACCAAGCCUUCAAGUUCUUCACCUUUCUGGAAAUGGAUUGUGCACACUUCCACCUGAUAUGGCUUCCCCUUGCAAGAUUUCUUCAGAUUCUGUUACUGGAAGCAUCCCUCGAUUUCAGUCCCUUAGGAUUCUGAUGCUAGAUGACAAUAAGCUGUCUCAUCCAGAAAUAUUCACAAGUCUUGCUAACCUGAAAUGCCUAACACACUUAAACUUGGAUAACAAUGGUCUUACUGAGGUUCCUUACCUGCAGCAAAUGGAAAACCCUGAGUACCUCAUCAGUCUUGACAUGAAUCAAAAGAUAGAUUCUGAGCAACAGCAGUUUUUCAGGAACAGUUACAAGGAAAAAGAUUUUUUGAAAGAUUAUGUCAGAGCAGUAAAACAGGGAUCAGAAGGAAAUGCUCACACAUCAGGCCAAACUUCACAUCAGAGUUCCGAUAUCAGCAUCAAGGAUUGUUCAAUUCUCAGUGAAGUAUCUACAUUUGACUUGGUUCCGAAUUAUUACUCUAAAAAGAAACUGCAUCUUGAGCUCCAACCCCCACUUCCAGAACUCAGACAUCUCAGCCUGGCUUACAAUAAGAUUGCAGAAGAAAGUGCCCUGUUGCCUGUUGCACUUUUUCCCUCCCUGAAGGAGCUUGUAAUUCAUGGAAACCCUCUUACUACUCAAAGAAGUGGUGACCUACCUUUGUUGACCAGCUUUCUUCAAAACAGGCUUGAUAUUAAAGUCCAUAGGAAAAAAACGGCAAAGACAGAGAAGCCACAUUUUAUUUUGCCUUUAAACCCUAAACGUAAGGUUACAAGUAAAAUUCCCAAGAUCCCAAAGCAACUGCCAAUUUUAGAUGACUGUUACUCUGAUUCACUUUUGCUAAAGUUGGGCUUUGCCCAGCUAAGACCUGCCAUAUCAGAUUCAAUUAAAGACCUGGCAGAAAAUAAACCACUUCCACCAAUUGGAACGCUACCGCAAACUGAUAGAAAAGAACCUGACUCAGAAGAGCAAAUCCAAAAUGUUCAAGUCACCGAAGAACAAGACACUGAUGCUUUUUUUAUGACUCAGGUAGAUGAUUUGCCUGAAUCAGGAUGGCUGUUAAAUUCUGAAAGUAAUGAAAAAUCAAUGAACAAAACUGAAACAAAAGAAGAAAAUGCGGUUCCAGAGAAAUACAAAGGGUUUGAGGAAUUAAUGGAUGCCAGGCCAGAUUCUACAAUGCUGGAUCCUGUUGGAAUUCAACAGAAUGUGAGAGCGCUCGAGUAUGCCUUGAAGCACCUUCUUGUUUAUCGAGAUAACAAAGCCAGGCUGGACACAGUGCAGAGACCAUUCAUGUCAAAGGAGAAGAGGGUGAAACCACAGUUUCCAGAACCAAGAAAAUCCAAAGGAGAGAAAGUGGAAGAAUGCCUUACAAAAAUCAAGGAAAGCACAACGAUAACUGAAGUGCCACUAGUAUCACUGUUGCAAGACAGAAAAGCCAGGAGACGAAAACAUGCAGAAGCUUUGGAUUUACUGAAAGAACUACAACAGAAUUAUACAAAGGUCCACGAUAAUGCACUACAGCAAGCAGCUGAAAUAGAAAAGCACACGCAGGACAUUUUGAGUAAAGUGGGUAAAAAACAGGACAACUCCACAGAGAGUGACAACACAAAUAAGUAAAAGUGUGACUAAGUAAACUAACUCAUACUUUGAGCACAUUAAUACAUAAAACAAAGAGCAAACUGGAAGGUUUUCUUCCAUCAUAAAUGUAUUUGCAUCUUUGACCCUGACAUAUGUGACACAUUCUUGUAACUCCUUUCAUACACUGAGGCUGUGAAGUUUGCUUCUGGUUAAUAAAGUGUGAAACACAAAUUAUUGAUAAUUUUAAGUUUGUUGAUCCGAGUGAAGGCUUUUCUACCAUUAGUAGGUGUUUACUGUACAUUCCAGAAGUUAAAAAUAAAUAAAUGAAUAAAUAUAUUCCAUUAAAAGCCAUCAAUCCAGAUAUCAAAGAGCUUAAUAAAUAAAUAUAGUAUCAGUAAUAGCCUGAAAAUGUAAAUUCUGCACAGUAUACACAGAAUAUGUUUUGAUAGAAGUACUGGUAUGGACCACAACUGUGUGUUAAUUAAUUUGGUGCAGGAUAAGAGAUGGGUCAUAAGACACCAUAAUAGCAAUAUUAUGAACAACUCUAGAAAACCAACAAUAGGUGACAUUAUGGAUGGUUCCCCAGAAUUGUUUGCUCUUGUGUAGAUGCGGAUGGAAGAUGGUGAGAGACAACUACAAUUACAUUAGGACUCCCUCAGGCUGAUAGAUGGUAGCAAAGAGCCCUGUUAGCCUAUAUGUGGCUCCCUGGUCUUACAUUUAAUGGACAGGUGAACUGGGGUUAACCUCACCCUCAAGAAGAACAUUUGUAACUAGGAUUGCAGUGACACCUAGAGCAGCCUCAGGAAUUUCCAAGGCAACGUUUGACCUCAGAAGUGGUUUCUGGGCCUUCCUCAGAAGUAGGUGCAGACCAGAGCUUAAAAGUCUCUAUCAGGGACUAGACCUUGGAUUCAGGAGGGUAGUAUGAGGUGCAGGCUCAAUUGGAAGGUGGACGAUAGCAGGAGUUGAGAGUUAUUGAGCAAUAACCAGCCGCCUUUCCUAGUAGUAAGGGCUUGGCCACUUGAGUAAAUUGACAAGUAGGCUUGUGGUGUUUCCAAUUCUUCUUUAAUAUAUUUUUUUCAAUGUUGAUAAUAAACUCUUUUCUUUAA